UAACUCAGGCACAGCGAGAAUAUUUCUGUUGGUUUUCCAGUAUUAAAGUUGCAAAUCCUCAGUUUGUAGAUAACAUAUCUAGAAUCAUGCAACAGCUAGUUCAUAUUUAUCACUGUCAUCAUGAAUUGUGUAGGAUUAAUGCUGUAACCCCAUUGGGCUUAUCACAGUUAACUAGAAUUUUUUUAUCCUGAAGUUGAAGUAGGGGAAGUAUGAUACAUAGUGUGUAUAAAAGCAAGGCUAGAAAUUGAUAGGGUUAGUGUAUUCCACUUCUGCUUACUGUCAAGCUCACUGCACUUCCAUUUUGAAUGUUGAUCCAACAAUUAAAAGCAUCAAGCGAAAGCAAAUAGUUUACACAUAAAAUGGAGUGGAAAAUAGUGAAAUUUUCCACAACAUUACUACAAAUUCUAGUAGUAACCAACUUUACAUCAGCAUCUCCUUUAUUGGAAGCAGCAGUCCCAUCUAACAUCAGAACCAGUGAAAUAAACUAUCGUCUACCUAAUAAUGUGAUACCAAGUAAUUACAUAAUUACACUGGAUCCUCUCAAAGAGGCUGAUGACCCUGAAACCUUCACUGGUGAGGUGAAAAUCACAGUGAAAGUAACUGAAGACACUAACAGCAUUACACUUCAUUAUAAUGACUUGUCUAUUGAUAGCAUAACAGUUACUCCAGUUAUUGGUGGCACAGAAAUUCCUGUGGAUUAUGAGUAUGAAAGUGUCACUCAUUUCUGUGUCAUAAAAAUUAAUUCAGAAGAUGAAAAUAUAAUAUUCAAAGCAAGCGAGGAGUACAUAAUUACAAUAAAUUAUAAAGGACACCACAGAAAUGACAUGUAUGGGUUCUACAGGAGUUCAUAUAAAGAUGAAGAUGGUAAAACAGUAUGGCUAGCAACCACCCAAUUUGAGCCGGGAAAUGCUCGACGAGCUUUCCCUUGUUUCGAUGAGCCAGCUCUCAAAGCCACAUUUAAAAUCAGCAUUAAAAAGAAACCCGGUCUCCAAGCAAUAUCUAACAUGCCAAGAGAAGAUGAUGACGAUGAGACAUACUAUAACUUCGAAAUAACGCCAGUCAUGUCCACAUACCUCAUUGCCUUCAUAGUGUCAGAUUUUACUGUUCUGCGUAAUGAACCAGAGAAUUUUGGAGUCUGGGCAAGAAAAGGAGCCAUUGAACAAGCAGAAUAUAGCCGUGAUGUAGGGCCAAAACUUCUUCAUGCUAUUGAGGGUUUUCUGGAUGUGAAAUACCCAUUGCCUAAGCUGGAUGUAGUGGCUGUGCCUGAUUUUUCUUCUGGAGCCAUGGAAAACUGGGGUCUUACAACGUACAGGGAAAGGAUCGUCUUGUAUGAUGAGGAUCAUGCUACUGCAGCAACCAAACAACAGAUUGCAACAGUGGUGGCCCAUGAGUUUGCACACCAGUGGUUUGGUGAUCUAGUUAGCCCUGAAUGGUGGAAUUACUUAUGGCUCAAUGAAGGAUUCGCUACCUAUUUUGAGUCCUUUGCUACAGAUCUGGUUGAAACAGAAUGGCGACUACAAGAACAAUUUGUGGUUCGGGAUCUUCAGUCUGCCCUUGCUGCUGAUGCUUUAUUAACAACUCAUCCAAUCACUCAGCCUGUCGAUAGUCCAAAUAGUAUACGGGCCAUCUUUGAUACAAUUUCUUAUGAAAAAGCUGGUUCAGUUAUUCGUAUGAUGGAGCAUUUUGUGACCACAGAAGUAUUCAAAAAAGGAUUGAAACGAUACUUGGUUGCCCGCGACCAUUUGGAUGCAAAUGAGAACCACCUGUAUGAGGCAAUAAAUGCAGAAUUGCUGGAAACAAAACCUGGCUCUCAUGAAAAUGUUGCUGAUAUACUGCAUACAUGGACUCAACAAGCUGGUUAUCCUCUUGUGACUAUUACUUCAGAAGACAGUGGACUGACGAUAACACAGGAACGGUUCCUCUUAACACGAGCAUCUACUCGAAAUGAGGGCAGUACUUUGUGGUCUGUUCCUCUCACUUAUGCAGUACAGGAUGGUGACUUCACUGACACUUCAACCAAAGAGUGGCUAACAGAGUCGUCUCUGAAAAUUGGCCGACCAACCGAAGAAGAUAAAUGGUUUAUCUUCAAUGUACAACAAAUAGGGUUCUAUCGAGUCAAUUAUGAUGAGCACAACUGGAAUCUCCUAACAAAUUACCUGAAGAGUGAAGAUUAUGAGAAGAUCCCACCUGUUAAUAGAGCUCAGAUUUUGGAUGAUGCCUUGAACCUAGCCCGAGCUGGGAUUCUAGAAUAUAGCACUGCCCUUGAACUGACUCAGUACCUGGAAGAAGAGGUGGACUAUAUUCCCUGGUACUCUGCGCUCAAUGCCUUCUCAUUCUUAAAUCUCCGACUGGCAGGCACCAGCACUCAUCCCCUUUUUAAGGAAUAUAUUUUGAAAUUGAUUCAACAUGUUUACGAGGACCUCACAUAUGAGGAAAGUGAUGCAGAUGAUCAUGUGACAAAACUCCUCCGCAGCUCAAUCCUUCAAUGGGCAUGCAAUUUGGAUCAUGAGGACUGUGUUGAAAAGGCCAAAGGAAAAUUUCACGCUUUACACGAAGGUUCUAGCAUCAAACCUAACCUGCAGAGUGUCACUUACUGUACUGCACUUCGUCAUGGAGGAGAAGAGGAGUGGAAUCUUCUGUGGGAUAAGUACGUUAAAUCAAACUUUGCUACUGAGCAGAGCCUUAUCCUAGGAGUCUUAGGAUGUACAGCACAUCAGGAACUCAUUAACGAGUAUCUGAAGAAGUCAAUCACAGAUAAUGGAGACAUUCGAAGACAAGACGCAGCAAGUGUGUUCUCUGCUGUGUACUCCAACCCUCAGGGAUUUCAAUUUGCUUUUGACUUCCUUCGAAACAGUUAUGGUGAUAUUGUUAACUUUUAUGGGACUGGUGUAGCAAGUGUUCUUACUGGAAUAGCAGCACGAAUUACUACUCAAGAACAGUUGACUGAGUUUGAAAACUUCAUUGAACACAACGAGCUGGGUGCAGCCACAGAAGCAGCACGAAGGGCUGUGGAAUCUGCUAAAGAAAAUCUUGCCUGGGUUGAAAAAUAUGAAUCCGAAAUUAAUUCAUGGCUGGUGUCAUUGACAACGGUGGAGCCGACGGAACCGCCCACCGCGUCGCCGCCGACUGAAACGCCCACCGCUUCGCCGCCAACGGAACCGCCCACCGCGUCGCCGCCGACUGAAACGCCCACCGCUUCGCCGCCGACGGAACCGCCCACCGAGUCGCCGCCGACUGAACCGCCCACCGCGUCGCCGCCGACGGAACCGCCCACUGCUGCGCCCCCAACACCGACGGAAGCGGCGACGCCAUCAACAACGGGGGAGGCAAGUUCUGUAUCACUUAGUCCUGUUCUCUGCAUUACUUUAUUCUGUACCAUUCUGUAUCAGAUUGUAACGGUUUUUAAAGUGAAAUGAAAUGUGGCUGUAUCUCUGUAAUACAGUGACCACUGACCUUUAUGUUUCAUGCUUGCAUUAUGUCUUGACAUAGUUGAACCACUUCAGCAGGCAUUUAUAUUUGCAAUAGUGAAAUUAAAAGAAAUCAGUUUAAUUUUAUUAAGACAUAUUUUUGUUUCUCCAAGAAAUCAGUUUCAGUUACAUGUUGAGUUAAAUUGUUUCAAAAUUAAAGUUGGGUUAGGUUAGUUUUAUUUAAGUUACUUAAUUUUUAUAUUUGUGCUGAGUGUUGGGACCUGUAUGAAACGUUAAUUUUAUGAGAUCUUUGUUGGUAUGUUCUCAAUUACCCAUGAAAGAUGCAGAAAUAAUAAAAAAUGACGGCAAAUCCAAGAUAAUCUUCAGGUGUGUCAUAAGACCAUUGUGAUUGUUGCAUAUACAUAGCAUCCAGUUUGCACGAUUAUCCUGAAAGUGUGUGUGGAACAUGAAAUGUUUGUUUUCUUUUAUUCUGGAACUUUUGGUUAUAAAUUAUUUCAUAACACUUCCAAUUUUAUGUGAAUUUACAGUUAUAUUCACAGAAACUUUGAUCGAUAAAUUUUAAUUAAAUGAUUAAAGGAAACAUCAGUUUUGAAAAGUUCCUUUGCCCAUGGAAAUUUGUGGUUUGUGGUUUCUCAUGUCUGUGAAGAUACAUAAUUUUUAAGUGGGAUGUUUUCAUCUUUUCAUUUCCGGUUUUCUUUUUAUAUAACACUGUAGUUAGCUGAUUUCUUCUCCAAAUUGUACAAGGCAAAUUAUCUCCAAAUGAGUCACUACAGAUGUAGUUCAUACAGCUUUCAGUAAAUGGUUGAAUCCUCAAGCUGACAUAGGCAUUGUAUAACAAAAGUGGAAUUUGAAAUAAAUCUCAUAAUAUAAAUGAAAAA